GUUAGUAUAUGUAGUUGAAUAUAUGAAUUUAAAUUAAAAAGCUCUCAUAUUUAUAUUGGAUUUAUGUUUUAUAGUAAUUUAAAAUAUCAUUUGUAAUUCAUCAAUCUAAACAAUUAUGGAUUCUGAUUUGGAAGAACUUGAUAAUUUGUUGCGUGAUAUUAAAUUGCCAUCAAGCAUACGUGAUCUUAGAAAUCCUACAGAGGAAUUUGUUAUGGGUUUAAUCGAAACAUUUUUAAAAUUGUUUAAGAUUGAUGUUGAUGUAAUUAACAAGCCCACUUUCGAGCAACAAUUAGCUAUAUCUUCUACGGAAGAUACAGAUAUUGUAAGCAUUAUUAAUUUAUAUGUAGCAAUAAAACAAAUAUGUGACAGGAUAUUUAUAAAAAGUUUUUGUUUAAGUGAUAUUACUAGCGGUGGCUCUAAAAGGAUAUGUAGAGUGGCAAAAUAUUUAGCAAAUUUUAUAGUUUAUGUAAGUAAUAAAGAAUUGGAUAUCCAAGGCCUUAUUAAUAAAAUACAUAGCAAAGUUAAACAGUUGGAAGAAUUGAAUGAAAAAAAUCAAAAUAUACAAACGUUAAUAAAUGAAAAAAAUGUGAACACUUCCAGACAAUUAGCCUUAAAGGAAAAGUACAAAAUGGAAAUAGAGCAAUUGCGUUCAGUUCUCGACAAUAAUGAAACAAGCAAACUUGAAAUACAAGAAGAGAUGUUGAGUAUAGAAGAGGAGAGAAAAAAAUUAUUAGAAGAAUAUAAUGCUCACAAAGUUGAAACUAACAGGCUCGACAAAACGAUAGCAGAAUUAAAAUUAGAAGUAGUUACCUCUCCGGAAGAAUAUUCAACUCGUUUGUGUGAUUUAGAACAACAACAUGAAGAAAAAAUUGAAGAGAGAAAAAUGUUGGAAAAAACGUUUCUAACUAAAAAAGAAUUGGAAAAGAAAUAUGAGAAUUUGUUAUCCCUUGUGCAAAAACAAUAUGAGAUGAUCUCAGAGAUAAAGGAUAUACAUGAAUGCUUACAGAAGAAUAUUAUUCAAGGCGAAAGUCUUCAAAAGCAAGUUGAUACCAUGGAAAUUCAUAUUACUGAAUUAAAUAAAAAACACAAAGAUCAAGAAGAUAAUCAAGGAUCUACUAUCGAUGAGAUUCUUACCCAAACCAAAGAAAGAUUAAACGCAGUUCGUGAAUUGCAAGCACAAUUAUUGAGUAAAAAACAAGUAACACUAAGUGAAUUAGAAAAUAAGAAACGAGUAUAUAACGACGUAGAUAUGGAAAUAAAGACAUUUCAAGAUCUUAUAAAAAAGGUAGAAGAAGAAACAACUACUUUUAUAAAGAAUUGUCAAGAACUAUAUAAUCAUGAAAUACGGAAUGAAAUCAAUUUACGGAAACAUUUCGACAGUGUUUGGGAUAGUAGUAACUCUACUAAUAAGUGCAUAUAAUAUUUUAGAAUAAUCUGUAUAUAAAAAGACAUUUGAAAAUAGUUUUAAAGAAUAAAAAUUCUUAUUAUUUAUUUUUAUUUUUCGUUUUAAUAGAAUGGUUAAACAACAAAAUAACAAUGUUAACAUUUUUAUAAAUCAAUUACAAUACAGUAAAGAACAAAGUUACAUAAA